CUGGAUGCUGAGCUUCUUUUGCUUUUAAGGUGUUAAAGAGGAUCUGGGGUAGUCUCUCGAGGCUCCUCAUGUAAUUAAAAAAAGUGAGAUUUGUCUGUAUUGAGUAAAAACUCAGAGCCUGAAACCUUUGGUAUUUGUGUUUAUUUUCAUUUGGGCUGACUGAUUUGAAAAAAUUGCAAAUGAUUUCUAGCAUUAAAUCAACUCCCACUGUUUGUAAUUUUUUUCAUCAAAUGAUGAACAGUAUACUAUUUUGCAUUCCAAAACAGCUUUUUAGUCCAACCAUGUAAAGCAUUUUUUUCAGUGUCCCAAUUAAAGAAUCAAAUAAAUGCAAAAUUUACUUUGGCAUAUCAACUUGAUUACACAUUUAAUUGCUGCACUGCUAAAACCAUGAGCUGUUUCAUGACCAUAUUUAGCAAAAAGUCAAGGAUGCUUUCAUCAUAACCCGUGUUUGAUCAACCAAAAAUGGUAAUAACUGUCACCCUCUGCUGAUAAGUUAUGACUUGUAUAAACUUUUAAUCAUUGUGUGACUUGGUAUUUCACUAUAGAAAAAAGAAGUUGUUUCAACUUCCGUGAUCAUUCUGCUCAGUUUUGUUUCUUCAGUAUUAGGUAAAAAUGGGGUAAAGCACUUUAAAGUGGCUGGAUUCCUUUUUAGUCUUAAAUAAAUCUCACUAACACAAGCAUUGUUUGCAGAAGUGUUUAUUGAAGUGUUCAGAUGUAAGCAAAUCAACUAUCACUAAUGAUCCACUCAUGCAUGUUACUGUACUGUAGUUUAGGCUUACUGUCCAUCAAAGAGCUUUAUAUUGACUUUCUUGCCUACAUAAUGACAGCAUGUUAUGUUUUAGCUUGUGAUUAAAAACAUGGACACCUCUGUUAACUAAGGGUACUGUGGUUAACCAGUUGAAAGAAUGUCUCCUGUUAUAAAUGGUGCUGUCUGGGAGAAGAGUCCCAGAUCUUUACAUUAGAGAUCUGCCUAGCGAGAGCUCUUUUCCUGUUUAAAAUCUCUCAAAACAGAAUCUUGAUCAUGUCCAAGUAUGACUUUACCUCAAGAUGCGUACUGUGAAGCCUCCUGCAGAUUUUAGUAAUGUUUUUCCCACUACCUGUAGAGGGCAGCUACACCUGGAGUGGAGUUCUGGGUGACACAAAGGUAUGUCGGGCGCCACAGUGGUGAAGUGGUUAGCACUGUUGCCGCAGAGCAAGAAGGUCCUGGGUUCGAAUCUGGGUCAAGGUGUUUCUGUAUAGAGUUUGCAUGUUCUCCCUGUGUCUGCGUGGGUUUACUUCAAGUACCCCGGUUUCCUCCCACAUCCCAAAAACAUGCAGAAUUGGGGUUAGAUUAAUUGGCCACUUUCAAACUGCCUGUAGGUGUGAAUGUGAGCGUGGAUGAUUGUUUGUCUCUAGAUGUCAGCCCUGCGAUGGACUUGCAACUUGUCCAGGAUGUGGACUGAAUGGACACCUUGGGAUAGGCCCCAGCUCCCCCGUGGUAGAAAAUGGAUAGACAAAGGUGGGUCUGCAGGGUUUGGUGUUCUUCUUGGAAAGCAAGGAUGCCUAGUCUUUGGCGCUAAAAAGGAAAAGCAGCAUUUGUUAUGAAGCAAUACAUGCAUUAUUUUUAUUUUCAGUGUGUAAUUGUGUAGCACAAUUUAAAUGAAAUAUGCAAACCAUCAAAAUCUUUUCACUUACAUUUUUAUUGUUCUAAAUUUUUACAAUAAUUCCUUAAAAGAUUGCAAAAAAUACCCCAAGAAGUCUGACAAAAGUGACAGAAGAGUCAGUUUUUGUUAUGAUGUGACUUUUUUAUGUUUGUAAGGUUAAAUUUAACUAAAGGAGGAUUCUGUGUAUGGCCUCCCUCUGCUGGUCGUGUAAUUUUAAGCACCUGUAUUGUUGACGGGCUUUAGGACCCAGAGGAGCGGGUUUGAUGUCAUGUGUGACGGUGACAAACAUGGCGGAGCACAACAUGACUCAAAGCGGAGAGAAGUUCUAUAAUGAAAUAUUGAGGUACGUAGUCAAAUAUUUUGUGGUCUAACAGCUAAUAUGAAGACAGGAGAGUGAUAAAGUUAACAUAUUUUUUCAUGAGUGGACUUGCAUGAGAGAGUUUCGUGCUGUGGGGGCUUCUCAGUGGUUACUGUAUCCACAGGCGUGACAGUUCAUUUGACAGGUUAAUGGUGUGAGCUUUUUGUGUUUGUGUUUAGUGUUUUUCAGGUUGUAAACAUAUGCAAAGGAAUAAAUAUGAGUUUCACUGGAGAGAAAACAGCUGUACAAUAGUCCAUGAGUCACUAUUAUCAUUUGUGUUUCAAACUUUGCUCUCUGUCGCCCGCUAGAGGGGCGCAAACCAUCAUUUAUUCAAACUCAACAUUUUACACAUCAUCCCAGCUUGUUGUAGUCUAAUUAGGGCUGGGUGAUAUGGGAUAAAGUUUAUCACGAUAUAUAUUUUUUUCAUAUCAGUCGAUAUGAUCAGGAUAUAAAAAAUUAAUUUAAGUGUUUAUUGGUAGCAUGUCUUUUGCAGUACAAUAAGCUACUGCAUCUGUGAGGUCUUUUUGUCUCUGUGACCUUUUGUCAUAAGGCGUUGCGCUAGAGAAAGUGGACUGAAUGGUCGGCUGUUUCAGCUGCACAGGUCCCAUGGGCCCCUUGCUCCACACGGGGUUUGUAACCUUUUGCCUUGCGUAUGCUCUGCCGCAUGGCACUGCUUCAGAUGGUGAAAAAGAUUUGAGAUAUUCACCAACUUAGCGAGAACAUGUACUCAACAUAAUUUGCAAUGCACAUUACUCUGCUUCAUGUCUGACCUCAAAAAAACAAAAUACCUCCACAUCUCCGAUGUUUUUGUGUCAGUGUUGUUGAUGAUGUCGUCAUCUGUUGAGCCUUCAUCUGCAUUUCUGUCGGGGGUAGCACUCAUUUUCUUUUUUUCUCAUUGACAGUGCUGUCGGCUUCACGUGUUUAAGUGCUAUGGUUGCGUGUAGCUGCGGCCUGCUACUAUGCAGUUGUUUGCGUCUUGGUUCUAAUUCAGCGCAUGAUUGGUUCAGCGCAGCGCCGUCCCGGAGUAACUCCCCUUCUCAUUGGCUAUUCGUAUAGUCUACCAAAACAUGGCAGAAUGCCAACUAUUGUUAAGGAUUUUGACCAUGUUUUUUAUUGAUAUUGAGGGAAAUAAAUUUUCGAUACAUCUUGUUAUCGUUUUAUUGCCCAGCCCUAAGUCUAAUCAUUGGUGUUUUUUUUCCUUUCUUACUUUUCAGUCCUUCUGAACUAUUUGCUGCCCAGUCCAGGAGUCACAAGCUCCCAGUCAGAGGACAGAAGGAUUUCUAUCCCAAUGACUCAGAAGAGCAGAGACAGCGGCUGGAGCAAAGUCUGGAGGAGCACUGGAGCCUCAUAUCAGAGGAGAGGGUGGAGAGGCUGUGAGUGGAAGUCACAUCCAUCAGUUCAAGUGUUUGUCUUUCAAUGCAAUUUCAAUUACAUUUUAUUCAGUCCAGUUCAAUUGAGUUAAUUCAAACAACUGUGCAGCAUGUGUAAACAAUAGUGAUGGCCAGAUGAGGCCCAGAAAGGUUUUGAGGCUUUCGUUGUUUGGUACAAAAACCCAUGAAAAGACAGUGACAUCUGGUGGCUGGUAACAUGCAUAGCAGCCCUUAUAGUUACAGUUUCAAGCACCACCACAGCAUGCUGAUAUUCGUAAAUUUAAUUUAGUUUUAAAAUUAAACUAUCUGUACACUUAAAACUUGAUACCAUCUUGCAAUAUGUGGCAGAAAAAGUAAUAAUUUUGCAUUUUAUCACAACUCUAAUAUUUGAUAUCCAUAAAAUCACCACGUGAUGUGUAAAAAUACUCAGUUUGCACUAGUUGGAGAUGUAGUAACUGUGUCUUCCUCUUGAAUAUAACUGUAUUUCUUAGUUAAACUGAGAAAAACAAACAAGCGGCAGAUUUUUGGGCAAAAUUCAACCAUGACUUAUGUCACUGUAGGGGAAACCUGGUGAAGGCGACAUGGAUUCCAAGUGAGAAAAUAGUGGAGCUUCAGACUCCUGCUGUGAGUACUAUUUUGUGACAUUCACACUCAGUAAUAAGCUUUUCUUAUGCAACCCCAUUUCUCAAGCAGAUAGGAUGCUGUGUAUACAUUAAUUACAACAGAAUUUGUUUAUUUCAAAAUACUAUAAAUCCUACAUUUAACAUGCUGAAACUGAAAUAUGGUUCAUAGAAAAUAUAUGCUCAUCUUUAAUUUGAUGCUGUUGAAUACGGGAAUCAAAAAGAUUGUCUCUCAGACAUAAGGAUAGGAAGUUAAGACUGUCACAGUGUUGAGUUCCAGCAUUUGGAGCAUCAUUAUGCAAAAAGUAUGACAAAGUAGAACAAAUGAAACCACCGAAAAUGUUAAAAGAGUUGUGUUGAAGGUUUCAAGAUUUCACAGGAUGUCUUUGCACUAUUUUCAAAAAGUUUGUACGUUUUUCAAACCAUCAUUUCUGUUUUUAUCACAUUUUCUCACAGGGGAAGUUUUGGCAGACGAUGGGCUUCUCUGCUAGAGGGAAACAGUAUCUCCACCCUGAAGAGGCUCUCCACCUGAUGGAGUGUGUGAGUUUAGAUUGAACCUGUUUUUUUUUUUUUUUAAUUAUCAUUUAUUUGUGUAGGCUAAAGUAAGUCAUUCUUGAAUUUGACAGGGAAGCGUGCAGGUGUUUUAUCAAGAUCUGCCGCUGUCCAUCCAGGAUGGCUAUGAGAGGUUUCUGUCCUCGAGCACAGUGAGCCUCCUGCAGUAUCAGGUAUGAACCGACCUGAGUCUAUUGUGUCUAGUUUAAAGCUCCUGUAAGGGACUUUAGACUUAUGUAAUUUCUGGCAUCCUCUGUGGACAAAGCAGUCUUAUCUUCUACGAACUUAAGCAGUGUUUGUGAUCAAAAAAUCUCAUCCUGCUGACUUUUGAUAUUUAAAUGUAUAUGUUCAAAUAUGAGCAUAUCCUGUCGGUGUAAACAUGAAAAAAAGCUUCUGUUUUUGUAAGUUGAUAAGUUGCAGAAAACUGUAGGAAAUCUAGAAAAAUUAAACCUUCAGUUUUGUCUGACUAUUUGGUAAAAGUACUGCAAAAAGUAUAUUUGCAAAUAAAGUUGUCAAUGCUGAGGCAGACUGGUGAGACUCAGUCAAAUAGAAACUGAACUAAAAUUGGUGUCAGCUGUCUAAGGGUCUCUGUCUUAAGGUUUAUGACAUGAAGAUACGUUUGCACUCUGGUUUAGCAGCAGAGGAACAUAUUGGUGUGUAAUUGCAGUAUUUUGCUGCAGAUGGUUUGCAGACAUAGCUUUAAAAGGACUGCACAGAUAAUCUUGUUGUCUAACAUCUCUUUUUUUAUUACAAAGGUGUUUGCACAUUUGAAGAGGCUCGGCUACGUGGUGCACAGAUUUGAUCCCAGGUAAUGACAUAUUAAUUUAUAAAAGUAAAAAAGGUAGUGUUAGUUUUACUCAGUAAAGGAACACAUUUUUUUGUGCAGACUCAAGUGGAAAGAGUUAUUUUACAUCUGUCAAACAUUUAUAUUUGUUAGAUUUUUGUGUUUUGACCUCUUGCAGCUCAGAGCCAUCGUCCUAUGCCAGGCAGCUGAACCUUCCUCAAUCAUGUAAUAAAGAAAGAAGACAACUGAAAAGGAAACGUAGCGCCAGCCCGACUCCUUCAACAAAAUCAACAAGGUAAGUUUGUGAGUUUUUAAGUAUCAUUCACUAAACCUUGAAGUGUCACGGGACCAGUAGUUGAAGAUAUGAUAUUUUUUGCCACUUUGCACUCUCUUUAGUCAAGCUGAAACACAGAAAGAGUCCACAGCUGACAUAAUGGAAGAGGAGAAGUGCAGCCACGAGGAAGAUGAGAGUAAAAAACUCCCUGACUCAGAUUUGAAGACCUGUUCAGAGACUUCAGAUACCCAGACUGGUCCAGCAGAUUCAGGCGGAGGCAGGACCUGGUGGAUGGCAGAUAUCUCUGGGGAUCAAUCAGAACACCAGCCGGCCUCUGGUUCCCCACGCUGGCACUUCAGCUCCAUCUCCUUCCCCGACCUCGGCUCCAGUGAGCGCCACCCGAGCUGCCUGUUUCCUCCAGACCCCUCUCUGCUCCCAGGGUCUUUAGCUGUGGGGGUCUGUGACAUCACCCCCUGGAGAAGCAGGAUCAACCUGCGACAGGUGAAGAUGUCCGCGAAAGAGCAGAAGAGGGAGAUGGACAGGGGGAGGCGCCGAUGGGAUAUCAACAGAGACAAAGAGGUUUGUUGUGUAACAAAACAUCAAAAUGCAGCAGGGGGAUGUCCUUUAGAAAGUCAUCAGUUGUUUGGUACUUAUAAUCCGUCUGUUUUUUUUUUUUUAGGUUCGGCGGUGCAGAAACUGGGCAGAAUAUCAUAAACUCCAGGCGAGGCGGGAGGGGAGGCGUAAAGGCCAACCAGAACACCUGUGGAACAGAGAAGUGACCCCUCUACACGACCCGAGUCAGCCAAUUCCCACUGGUGAGAUUAACUGGACCUAGUUUGUGAUAUAAAUCCAUCUAUUAUGAUUAUUAAUUUCUAACUAUUAUAUUUUUUUAGCGGAGCUGUUGGAGACAAUCAGUGUGUCUAAAUCUUCAAAUCUUCUCGAGGGGGCCUCCAGGUAUCAACUCAUUUUAUUUCUUUCCUUGUUACUGAAAACUGUAAGAACUACGAUUGCAUCGGUCAGAAGAGAUGGAGCAAUUUUUUAUUUUUUUUUGCUUGAAACAGCCCUGGUUUUCAAAGUAUUUCUCCAAACUGUGAUGCUCAAUCCAUCUAUACUUGUCUGAAUGAGUGUCUUACACAGCUGGGAGAAAAUCUGAAUUUGCAGUACCACUGUAAUCCCAUAGGGGGAUAUCUGGUAUGCAUAAGGUAUUAACUUAUGUUGGGAACAAGUUACAUCUCAUAAGAACAAGACAAGGUAGUUAUCUUGUGUACAAAAGACAUUACACUAUGCAAAUGAGUUAUUUUCUCUUGGAAACAAGAUAAUAUCUUGUUAAAACAAAGGAAGAAGGUUAUCUGAUGCAAAUGGACUUUUCUCCCUCAAAACUCCAGUAUUGGAGCAAGAUAUUAUCUGUUUAGAACAAGAGCAAGAUACCUAUUGAAUGAGCACUUCAUGGUUAAUUUUGUGUGUUUUGUUAAUGUUUAGCGAAAGAGUUAUUGUCCUCUGAGAGUGAAACAGUAUCCUGCUAGAACAGGCACUAAAUGAUCUUUAUGUAAGAUGGGAUCUUGAUAGAAUAAGAACAGAAUAACUACUGCUUAGUAUCGGUGAUUAAUUGGUGCAAUAGAAGUUCCUGUCUUGUAGGAGCAUUGAAGUGUUUAGUGGGAUCAUGAACAAGGUAAUUCGCCUUCAGUACCAGGUGUGUUAUCUUGACUGAAGAUGUUUUCUUCUAAUAUAAGCAAGAUAAUUGAAACAAGAUCAGAAUCUAAUAAGCACCAGAUGAUUUUCUUGCAUUGUCUGCCUUUUAUGCCCAAUUUAGCAUAUCCAAUUAAAUUAGAACAUUGAGCACACGGGUUGAGUGAAAUUAUCGGAGUGUUUUAUGUCCACUGUGAUUACAAAGCCAACCAGACUUUGAUCUUGAUGUUAAAUGAGGUUGUCUCUUUAUCAUAACCACUCAUGAUCUGUCAUUGAUAAACCCGUAAAGGCUGUGAGACAAAGGCUUGAGAGGCCUCUUCAGCUGAUGUGUUGUUUGCUGUGACGGACGCUGGAUGAAAUGUGCUUUGUCCUCUUAGGGUAAAAGCUUCAGACCAAUGGAGGAUUCGCUUUAAUGUUUACCAACCCGACACGGUAGCUGACUUCAAGAAGACCAACCCUGGGAGACCGUACUGCCGCAUGUGUGUGUGCAGGUAAGCAAACACACGCGCUAACGGACAGGGUGUAUUUAUUUAAGAUUGGCUUACAGGAAACAGCAGAAUUAAGUGAGUCACAGCAGGUGAAUGAGAAAACAUCCUUUGUCGUAUCUUUCUUUUGUUGACCCUGAUGGCCACUGACCCUUUGAUAAGUUGAUUAUACUUGAGCCAUUGUUGUGUUUCUGAGGGACAUUGGUAUCAUUUUUAGCUGUAAUUUGACAGAUUUUGUGAGGCUGGUCAACACACAGGCAAGGUAUGAAAGAUGAGAUUUCCUUCACCAUUUUACAAAAAGGCGUUCUGUCGUAUAAGCAUGUCAGACCAGCAGGUGGUGAUCUGUGUGAUCAGUCACGUUGAACCCCACAUUGGGUGUCUGCGUUUUGAGCAUUUCUAUACCGUAAACAAAGUGUAAGAUUAGAAACUCUUGAGUGUGAUUGAUCGAUUUGCCCUCAUGUUACGAGACAAUGAUAAAGAGCAGCUUGUUUCACAGGGUACUGAGCGGAAGCAUGUCUGUAAGCCAUCAUCACGGUGCAUGGGCAGUACAUAUGAGCAACAUGAGCCAUGCACAAGAUGAGGUUCUGAUGUCAAUGUCUUCCAAAUCUUAAGUUUUUAUGAAAGUCCACAUAGAGCCUGGUGUCAUCAGACUCCACAACUGAGUAACUGUCCGUUAAUAAAGAUGAAUAUUUGAGUGCCGCUUUGAAAUAUCAUUCCUUUAAACAUGGACAAACAACUCCACACACAGUGCCUGAUAAAGGAAUAUUCUGGUGUAAAAUCAAGUUAGGGUCAAACACACAGUAACACCGAGUUAGAUACCUCCUCGAGAGAUGAAUGUUGCCGACCGCUUGCUUCUCUAGUUAAACCAACUUUAGUAACGACCGCAGGAUAGCGAUACACAGCGAUCUGAGGCGCCAUAAACAAACCUCAACCAAAACGCCACUCUAUAGUCACAAAUAAUCAACAGUACAUACAGGGUCCUAGCCACAGCACUAGCCACCAAACAUCUUUUUAACUUUGCCUGAUUUCUUUAGCAAAGAGACUAAACACAACUCACCUACUCUCUUCCAGCAGCCGCUUGUUUGUAGCAAGACCUCAGGCCAGUCCAUUACGGACUACAGCGGGGUGUCGCAGCUCAAGGAAGAACAUUUAUGAUCUUUUCUUUAUCAUUUCCUUCAAGUAAUAAUCACCAUCAUUAAUAAUUUUGCACUGCAGACACGGGAGUUCUUCUGCCUUAGCGUCUCGGUCUGAUUGCAUUUCCAUGAAGAAAUGGUUGUUACUAAAGUUGGUAUAACUAGAGAUUCAAGUGGUCUGCAACAUUUAUCUCUCGAGGGGAUUGUUUAACUUGGUGUUACAGUGUGUUUGACCCUAAAUUAAUUUUACAUCGGAAUAUCCCUUUAAUGAGGAAGCUGCAUUUAUUCCCAGAUGCCACUUUACUCUCCUGUCCACUGUUGUAGCCUUCAGCUCCAAAAUCAACUGUAAUGGCUGCAGAGUUACACUUUCAGAGCAAAUACCCCUCACUCUUGAUUUCUGGCCUCAUUACUGCAAGAUUUCCAUCACUGUUUGAGACAGACCUUUGUCAGAGACAAUCACCCAAAUAUGGACAGGAUUCUUUUGGCUUGUAGUCCUGUGGAACUCUCAGAAUUAAAACACCCUCUCUGUUGUGUCUCAGUUUCAGCGACCCUGUACCGGACCUGCGAGCCAUCAAGCAGAUGGCAGUCCAGAGCGGAGACAUCCAGGUGAUCUGUGCUGUAGUGGACUACGGAGACAUCUCCUUCUACGCCUUCAAAGACUUCCAGCUGCCCACCGAUGUUUACCCCUGAGACCUCUCUGCUCUCCUACAUGACUUUAAAAAAGUACCUGUGGACUUUUGCAUGGACCUACAGUAUAGCUGGAUGUAAAAAAGGAAGAAUUAUGUGAAGACCUAAAGAAAGCUGCUUUUGUGGGAAUAGGGAGGUUGAGUGCCAAAGUUUUCAAGGGCCUGUGUUUCUUUUCUUUCACUGUCAGUGCUACCUCUGAAUGGCUGCAGAGUUUGACAUUUUUUAUAUCGAAUCAAUCAAUUCAUACACAUUAAGCAAAUGAAAACCAGUAAUGAAAUUAAGUUUAUCUUUUGGUGGUCUUUUUUACUUUUACACUCAACACUUAGAUGGGUGCAAACUGUUAAGUGCACUAUGCUUUUUUCAUUAAAGCUUACAAUAUGAAAAAGCCGUUCUACUCCCUGAUGUCUCACUGUCACGCUUUCCUUAUGUUGACUCUCUGCUGUGAUAACAGAAAUCUAUGGGGAGGAUUGUUUUGAUACAUUUACAGUGCAAUAAAUCAGAUCUAUUGAUGUCUC